AUGAGCAGCCCCGUAGACUCUUCACGCAAUUCUGUGUGGACCCUGCUCUUCGUUGCGCUCUGCGCGAGAGUCAUUCUACAGCUUUGGCCGUUACUGAGGACUGUGCAGCAUUCUCCCGAGGAAGACACGGCGACGGUUGCUAGAGCGAGGAUUGAAGCGUCUCCGAAGCGAAGAGGCAAUGAUGCGGCCCUGCCGUAUGAUAUGGAUGAGUUUCCGGGGCGACAACAAGUGAAAACCAUCUAUGGCACGAUUCAAGUCUUCGAAUGGGGUCCCGAAGACGGCGAGAAGAUACUUUUAGUGCAUGGUCUGGGGACGCCUUGUAUUGCAAUGGGCGAUAUGGCUAGAGAAUUUGUCAGUAAAGGAUAUAGGGUCAUGAUGUUUGAUCUAUUUGGACGUGGAUAUUCUGAUGCCCCAAACGACCUCAAGCACGACGCCCGUCUUUACACGACUCAAAUACUCCUAGUACUAGCCUCCUCCCCAUUACCAUGGUCAGGCAUCGCCGCUUUUCACCUCGUUGGCUUUUCUCUUGGCGGUUCUAUCUCUGUCGCCUUCGCUGCCUACCACGCAUCGAUGCUACGAUCUCUCACUUUGAUCGCCCCGGGAGGUUUAAUUCGCACAUCGCACAUCAGCACUCGGAGUCGAUUCCUUUACUCUUCAGGGUUGAUACCUGAUGUACUCCGACUGCGAUAUAUCCGUGAAAGUCUAGAGCCGCGCAAUGGCGCCCCGUCCGCCGACGUUCCAGACCAAGACAGACACGCUGACGUGGAAUUCGACAACGUCUCCAUCGCUGCAACCAAGCCAAAUGUGACCAUUGGUGACGUAAUACGCUGGCAGCUGGGUGCAAAUCAAGGAUUUGUGAACUCGUAUCUGAGCACCAUACGCAGCGCGCUAGUCUAUCGACGUCACGAUAGAAUAUGGAGACUUCUAGCUGCGGAGUUGAGGCAACGGAAAGCCGUCAAUGCUCCGCCAGGAUUGACCGGUGGCAGGAUUUGUGUCAUUCUACCCGACAGCGAUGUCAUCGUGGUGAAGGACGAGUUUAUCGAAGAUUCGCGGGAAUUCUUUGGGGCCGCCGACGUUGAAUUCCAUACUAUCAAGGGUGGGCACGAAGCUCCUGUCUCGAGAGCAAAAGAAGUUGCGGCGAUUGCGAUGAGCUGUUGGACGAGAUAG